AUGGCUGAUUCGGAUGAGGAAUACGUGGGCGGUGUCACAGAUGAUGAAGAUGAUCUCCAAGUGACGAGGACAGACGCCUCUCAGCCAAGGAAGCGAAAGCAGAGAGGAGCCGCAGAAUGGGAGCUCUCUCGUACUUGGGAGACGCUAGUUGAGGGAGCUGAUGGAACGAUCAGCUCCACUGUCGAAGGGUUGCUGGAGGCCAGCAAGCGCAAGAGGCUCCUCAAAGACACCACCCCUCUCCAGCGUGGUAUUAUUCGACAUUUAAUCCUCAUUCUCGAUCUCUCACAAUCCAUGGCCGAGAAAGAUCUUCGACCCACGAGAUAUUUACUGGCACUGCGAUACGCCCAGGAAUUCGUCCGAGAAUUCUUCGAGCAAAACCCCAUCUCUCAACUCGGUGUUCUAGGCCUUCGUGAUGGCCUUGCGAUCCGGGUGAGCGACAUUAGCGGCAACCCUACGGAGCAUUUGACAGCGAUUCAAGAAUUGAAAACUCAGGAUCCGAAAGGAUUGCCGAGUCUUCAGAAUGGCCUUGAAAUGGCCCGCGGUGCUCUUUUCCACACGCCCAGUCACGGUACCCGCGAAGUCCUCGUUCUUUUCGGCUCUUUGCUCAGCUCCGAUCCCGGCGACAUCCAUCAGACCAUCAAUACGCUUAUCACCGACAAAGUUCGAGUGCGCAUUGUCGGUCUCGCAGCGCAAGUGGCUAUCUGCAAAGAGUUGUGCAGCCGGACAAAUCCAGGUGACGAGACAGCAUAUGGCGUUGUACUCAACGAGCAACACUUCCGUGAACUCUUGAUGGACGUGACUACACCGCUAGCGAGUCAAAAACAGUCAGCAAGUUCGCUCCUCAUGAUGGGGUUUCCAUCGCGCACAGUGGAGCCUACCCCUUCGUUAUGCGCGUGUCACUCACGGCCUUCUCGUGGGGGGUACCUUUGUUCACGCUGUGGAAGUAAAGUGUGUAAUCUGCCCGCCGAGUGUCCUUCUUGUGGAUUGACCCUUAUCCUCUCCACCCACUUGGCACGUUCGUACCAUCAUCUGUUCCCCUUGAUGAAUUGGGUAGAGGUACCGUGGCGUCGAGCGACAAGCAAAGCCUGCUUUGCCUGCGGUCUUGCCUUUCCCCCGGUUCCCCCCGAAGACCAGUGGUCGACGACGGAAAGUCAAGUCAAGGGGAUGAGCGUGAGCAGUCGCUAUCAGUGUGAGGCGUGUCGGAACCACUUUUGCAUCGACUGCGAUCUGUUUGCCCACGAAGUCGUGCACAACUGCCCCGGUUGUCAAAGUCACAGUAUCCAAGCAGCGCCCGAGGGAAUGGAUACUGCUGCUUAG